ACGUCACCGCCGUGGCCCCUGACGUUAUGUGAUGAGGGCAAAAUAGAGUGUUUGAUGCCCGAAUGUAACAAGAUUGAAAACAGCGGUACUGCCGUGCGACAGUGCCCGGGGGCGAUAGCGCUGGCAUCGGCGUGGUGUAGCAGCGUGCCCUGGUAGGAGGGGGGGGGGGACACAGGCGGGACGUUAUAAUCGCCAGUUCCUGGGGGUGGUUGUUUUUGCGGAGUCUCCCGGGCCCCUGCCUAUAGCCGGAGAGCCGUGAGCCCAGCAAGCGCUGCACUGGGGGCCCGGAGAACAUGGCGGCGGUGGAGCUGGAGUGGAUUCCGGAGACCCUGUACAACACGGCCAUCUCCGCAGUGGUGGAUAACUACAGCCGUGCCCGUAGGGACAUCCGCAGCCUGCCCGAGAACAUCCAGUUCGACGUCUACUAUAAGCUUUACCAGCAAGGCAGAUUGUGCCAGCUUGGUAGUGAAUUCUGUGAAUUGGAAGUUUUCGCCAAAGUACUACGUGCAUUAGAUAAGAGACAUUUACUGCACCACUGCUUUCAAGCUUUAAUGGAUCAUGGAGUUAAGGUUGCCUCGGUGUUGGCGUACUCUUUUAGCAGACGGUGCUCUUAUAUUGCCGAAUCUGAUGCCCAAGUUAAAGAAAAGGCAAUCCAGAUAGGCUUUGUUCUUGGUGGAUUCCUCUCAGAUGCUGGCUGGUACAGUGAUGCUGAGAAGGUGUUCCUCUCUUGCCUACAGCUUUGCACCCUUCACAAUGAAAUGCUGCAUUGGUUUCGUGCGGUAGAGUGCUGUGUCAGGCUACUGCAUGUGCGAAAUGGGAACUGCAAAUACUAUUUGGGAGAAGAAACCUUUAAGCUUGCACAAAAUUACAUGGAGAAGUUGGCCAAACACAGACAACAUGCAAACAAAGCUGCUUUGUAUGGAGAGUUAUGUGCUCUGCUCUUUGCUAAAAGUCACUAUGAUGAGGCAUAUAAAUGGUGUAUAGAAGCAAUGAAGGAAAUUACCAGUGGACUGCCUGUAAAGGUGGUGGUCGAUGUUCUCAGGCAAGCGUCGAAGGCGUGUGUGGUGAAGCGAGAGUUCAAGAAGGCAGAACAGUUGAUAAAACAUGCAGUAUACCUGGCUAGGGAAAAUUUUGGUCCCAAGCAUCCCAAAUAUUCAGAUACACUACUAGAUUAUGGAUUUUAUCUUCUCAAUGUUGACAACAUUUGCCAAUCUGUUGCAAUAUAUCAGACUGCUCUUGAUAUCCGGCAGUCAGUAUUUGGAGGUAAAAAUAUUCAUGUUGCCACAGCCCAUGAAGAUUUGGCUUACUCAUCCUAUGUUCAUCAGUACAGUUCAGGAAAAUUUGAUAAUGCACUAUUUCAUGCUGAACGUGCCAUAGAUAUCAUCACUCAUAUACUCCCAGAAGACCAUCUUUUAUUAGCUUCCUCAAAAAGAGUUAAAGCACUAAUACUGGAGGAGAUUGCUAUAGACUGUCACAACAAGGAGACUGAACAAAAACUUCUCCAAGAAGCUCAUGACCUUCACCUUUCAUCACUGCAACUUGCUAAAAAAGCCUUUGGCGAGUUCAACGUACAGACAGCGAAACACUACGGAAACCUUGGCAGGCUCUAUCAGUCCAUGAGGAAAUUUAAGGAGGCUGAGGAGAUGCACAUAAAGGCUAUACAGAUUAAGGAGCAACUGCUGGGCCAAGAAGACUAUGAAGUGGCUUUGUCAGUAGGACACUUGGCAUCUCUGUAUAACUAUGACAUGAAUCAAUAUGAAAAUGCUGAGAAGCUGUAUCUCCGAUCAAUAGCUAUUGGAAAGAAGUUAUUUGGUGAAGGUUAUAGUGGACUGGAAUACGACUACAGGGGCCUAAUUAAACUAUAUAAUUCUGUUGGUAAUUUUGAGAAAGUAUUUGAGUAUCAUAAUAUAUUGGCAAACUGGAACAGAUUACGGGAUCGUCAGUUUUCAGUCACCGAUGCUCUAGAAGAUGUAAAUACAAGCCCCUUGUCAACAGAAGACGUUGUGCAGUCUUUUCUCAUGUCACAAACCACAGGAGGACACAAUUGCUAAAUUGUAAAGAAGGAAAAAAAAUGGCCAGCUUUACCCGUUUUCUCAUCAUACUGGGAAAGUUCAUACUGUGAAAUUGCACAAACCCACAGAUGCAACUCUGGUCCUCUGGAACACUGGACAAGAUCUGCGCAUCUGCUUGAUGGCUAGUACUUUAUGAAAUGCUCUCUGCUUAAUCCACUUUUUCUACGUCAGCCACCAAGACAAAGGACUAGUGUGUGGUGUUUUCCUUUGCAGCUCCAACAGGAAGAUGCAAAUAAAACUGUUUACCUGUUUCAGA